AUGUUAUCAAAUACUCAGUGGAUAUAUCUAGAGAUUUUUCUGCUUUGUCUAUUGAAUCAAGUCUCAGCAAUUGUCGAUUGUACACAUGGAUUUGUCGGCAGAAUGCAAGCCUCGCUAUCCGACGAUUACAUUCAUAUAAAUGACACGCGGAUGUGUGCGGCCGAUUGGUGUAUUCAAGUGGUCAUUCAUGGAGCAUAUGAUGAUGAUAACACCUUUCAACAGGGCGUCUCGUCGAGGUGCGGCUACACGGGCGGUGAUCGAUCGAUUUGCCAACGCUCGCAAAGCUGUACACAAAUCAGUUUCUACGACGGAAUGAAGGGAAAUUUCUCAUUUUGUUGUUGCCGUGAAACGGAAUGCAAUCGUCCGACGGCUCAUCUCAUCGACGAGAUUUACGGGAGAUCAGUUCAUCUUAAA